GUCCUCUGAGUUGAACGGCUCUUGGAAUUGCUGAAACUGGUCUGUAAGAUCGUGGUCACGGAAGAUACAGCAACAUAUUAAGCAUAAGUAGCUCACAGAAAAAAGUAUGAGUAAAUGUUYUACAGCUCCAAAGGCAAGUGAAGAAAUGUCUGGACAACCUCCACCUGGACAGUAUCCUCCUCCAGGACAGUACCCACCGCCUGGACAAUACCCACCCCCUGGAGGGUAUUAUCCACCUCCAGGAACCUACCCUCCACCUGGACAGCCAGGAGGGUACUACCCACCAGCACCAGGGUACGGACCACCCUCAGGGGGGUUACCAACUGGCCUUCCUCCUGGUGUGCCAGGGGUUGCACCUCCAAACCAUCCACUAGCAGGCUACCAACCUCCUCCUGGAUACACACCACCCCAAGGGGGAUACCCAGGUGCACCUGGCCAGUAUCCUGCACCAGCAGCAGGAGGGUACUACCCCCCACCUGGACAGCCUGGUCAGUACCCCUCCCAAGGCCCAGGAGGCUACCCUGGUGGAAUGCCUGGUUCUUAUCCUGCUGCACCAACUUCUAAGGGAUCAGAGAGUGAUAGUGACCCAGACGAUUAUGGUCCAAGAACUAUAGAGGAAAAGAAACCAGUGACUGUGAAAUUUGUGAACAGAUCUGGCAAGAAGGUGAUUCUGUUCAAGAUUGACAAGAAAGGACGACAAAAGAAGAUUAGAAAAAUGAAAGACGGCAAGUCAGAGACAGUGGAGACAUAUGAAACCACUGCUUUUAUUGCAUUCAAUUUGAAAGAUGAUACGGAAGUUAUGGUAAUAGGGGACAAUGCUGUCUACUUUGCCUCACAAUCUCACAGUCAAGUGGAUAUAAGACGAGAGCCAGCUGACUUUAGCAAGCUCAAGUCCAAGACAAAUGCCACUGCUCCAGUGCAAGUGAAAUUUAUCAACAGGUCAAAAAAGAAGGUCAGACUGGAAUGGAUGAACACCAAUGGCCACCGAGAGAGCAAAAAAGAACUGAAGCCAGGACGUUGUUGGCGGGUUGACACCAUGGAAGGCCAUUGCUGGGUCGCUUCAAAUCCAAGAGAUGAGGAUGAGAUUAUGAUGUUGAAUUAUGGAUGGUUCUACUGGCCAAGGAGAAGUGGGAACCAGAAAGAGAGGGUUGUGAUCACAGAGGACUAUUGGGAAUUCAGCAGCAGCAGUAGUAGCAGCAGCAGCAGCAGUAGUGAUGAAGAAUAAACAAGCACCAAGUGGUUAUCUCUAAUGGAUAAGACAAACUCCGAAGAUACUAAUAAUAAUCUUCGCAGAAUAGAAUUACCGAACUUACCAUUUAUAUUGUUUGACAUUCACAAUUAUUAAUUUCUUCGAAUACACAACUUCUAGCAAUAAAAUAUUUACAAACUUUCUGCUUUAA